ACAAUAGUCAGCUGUUAGUUACUUUACAGAGCUGAGAGUUCUUAUAUAACAAUUGUAAGUUACUAAUUGUAGUACACUAGCAGUAACAAUUUGUUUUCUACAAAGUCCGUUGUCGAGUUGAACAAAAAUGGAAAUUUCUGGAAACAGUUUUGAUUUUGACGAUAUGUUUUCUGGUUCUCCCGAACAGAAGGACGGGAUGAGAGGAGGGGCAGGUUCAAGGACACCAGGACAACUAGAAAUGUCGGAGCCCUCAGGGAACGAAAAGCUGGAGAAGAGUCGACAGAGUGCCCGAGAAUGCCGUGCCAGGAAAAAACUCAGGUACCAGUACCUGGAUGAUAUGAUCAGUGAAAGGGAAAAAGCCAAUCUCGUUCUUCGAGAAGAAUUGCAAAAGUAUGUCAACUGGUGCCAUGAUCUGGAUUCAAACCAAAUACCGGCUGGACUUCAGGAGUUUCUAAAAUCUGACAGUUAUGAGGGGCCUGUGAACAUCAUUGGAAUGCAAUAAAACCAACUCUAUUCACAUAUUUAACAAACAUCAAAACUGUCAUUAAUUAUUCGUUUCCAAAAAAA